CGCGUCGUAUAAUCGUCGUCGCAGAGGAAAUCAAUUUCGCGCGGCGCGUACGUACUGGCCGGAAGCGAGGGGGGUGAGAAGGCGUGUGCGCGGAGCUAAAAUGGGAGUGGACCAAUCGCCGGAGGGAUGAACGCCGCCACUGCCCGUACACGACUCGGCGCCGUGGAAGGGACGGGGCGACGGUAUCCUCGAGGGGCCCAUGAGUCUCAUUUCACAGCGCGAUAAUAUACCUUAUUAUAACGCAUUCGCGCGCCGCCGCCGCCGCCGCUUUAUACGUUCGCACACAAGGAACGUAAUGUAGCAGAGCGUUUUAAUAUGUGUGUGGAGACGGGGGAUGUGCGAGCGCACGCGCUAAGGGACGACGACAGAGAAAUCGAGCAGGGGCGUAGAGUUAGGGCGGGUGGUGAUAGUGAUUGAGCGAGUGAGUGAGAGAGAAACGGGACUGCAGACAGUCGGACCAGAUAUAUCGUCGUCAGCCAAACCGGAAAGGACGUUCAAUAUUAAAAACCGAUUUAUACUCUCCUCCGACACCCCCCUCCCUCCCAACAUCAUCGGACUGCCGCGUUUGCUAUAAGCCCGUCGUCUCGUCCGGUCAUCCGCCCCUUCGCGCGCCGCCGCGCCUACCGCCGGCCUAUCUGCCGCCUCCGGUUCCGCCGGCCGAUCGUUUCUCCGACACGCGUCACGACGGAUCUUUUUGUCGUCCACGCGAACCCGAACGCGCGCGCACACACACGCGACAGUCCGCACAUACACGCGACACGCUCGACGACGCGACCGCCGCAGAGAAGCGCAGCAGCUGCAGUCUUGCAAACGCCGUCGCCGGCCGCCGAUAUAUGCCCACGACGACGCCACUGAUCGAAGAUAUUGGUCGUCGAAAAAACACCGAUCCGCCGCCGAUCGCGAGGCCGUAUUAAGACUGUAAUGGUUUUUAAACAAAAUAUACAACUAUUGAUUGAGAAAUGCACAACUCAACAUAUGCUUGUUUGUCAAGAUCAAACACUUCAAAUCAACCGUCGUCCGAUCAGGAAGGCAUAGAUCGUCAAAACAGUUUAAUGUUUACCAAACUUCCAUUGCCAAAAUUAGAAAAUGAUUUACAAAAUUAUAAUUUGAGGUUGGACACCAGGCCAAACUCUGAACAGAACAAAGAUGGUGCAACAGAUCAAACGAUAAGAAGGUAUAGAACAGCGUUCACAAGAGAACAGCUGCUUCGAUUGGAAAAAGAAUUUUAUAAAGAAAAUUACGUGUCUCGACCUAGAAGAUGUGAACUUGCUACCGAAUUAAAUCUACCCGAAUCCACGAUAAAGGUGUGGUUCCAAAACCGGCGGAUGAAGGACAAACGGCAGAGGAUCGCAAUGGCGUGGCCGUACGCCGUGUACACUGACCCGACUUUUGCGGCCACCGUCCUGCAGGCGGCCGCGGCCAGUGCGCACGCCAACGGCACGCUGCCCGACAUUGCGGCCAUCGCCAACGCCUACCAGUACUCGGCAGCCGCUGCGGCCGCGGCCGCCGGUCCAUCGUACUUUCACGGUUCCGGAGGCGGAGGCGGUGGCGGUGCAGAGUACGGCAAGUUCCAGCAUCAGCACUACGUGGGUCCGGUGCCGCCGCCGCCCCCUGCGCCGCCCACGCAGUCGCUUCAGCAGAUGAUGAAGAAACCGUUCGGGCCGUUCGUGGGCCACCAUCCCCACCAUCACCAUCACCAUCAGUUCGCGGCGGCGGCGGCGGCAUCGGCCGCGGCGGACGCGGCUGCCAUGUCCGCGGCCGCCGACGCUUCGUCGGCCGAGUCGUCCAACAACGGCCACCAUCAGGCGGCGGCCGCCUAUGACGGCCACAACGAUCACAAAACUUCGACGGCCACCGCAACGGUGUCGUCGCAAGUCGACAACAACAAGACGACCUCGGCGGCCGCGACGUCAUCGUCGUCGUCGUCGUCGGCCGCGGACGCAGCCGAUUUUUCCGGAACCAGCUGCAAGUGUGGCAUAGUCGACUGCGUGCUGACCACUUCCGGAAAGUCGGCCAACAGCAGUAACGGCGCAGCGAUGGACGAGUCUACGCCGCCGCCGCCGCCACCGGCCGCCGUCGACCGGUUGCCGCCGCAGCUGUUUUUCAUGACUUCCGCGGGCGGACCGGAAACCGGCAGGGACGACGUCCAGUCGGCCGAAUGUUCGUUGGCCGUUCACAAGCACGUCUACCACAAAGAGUACGCCAAAAACAAACUGUUCCAGCCCUACAAAUCGGACGUGACCACCGCCAAACUCAAUCUGUAAACUAUAAUUAGGUACAUACACACACACACACACACAAAUAUAUGAUUAGUAUAAUGUAUAAAAGUUCAUAGGCGUAUUAAUAAGUAUGCUUCCAAUCGUGCGUACAUGUACGACCUGUGAAAUUUGACAACACAAGAAAAAGCGAAUGCACGUAAAUGCGAUAUAUCAAUAAUAAUAUUCGUAAUAAUGCGACUCCUUUAAAAUAUUUGGAAUUUUUUUUUUAAUUUUUAUUUCUUUGAUUAAUAUUAUUAUUUUUUAUAUUCACGAAUAAUUUUUUUUCUUCAAAUUUUGGUGGUCAAACUCCUUAUUCUCCAACUCGUUUCACAUUUAUCUAAGCUUGUGCACGACCAACGAAAAAGGUCUAGACACGCAUAUGAUAUAUAGCCAUAUAGGUACUUUAUUCAAUAAUCUAUGUAUAUAUAUAUAUUAUGAUUAUCUCAUUGGUGCACAGUGCACACUAUUAAAUUAUUAUAUUAUAUCGAGUACAGGGUGUGUGAACAUGGUUAAAACAACACGUAUAACGUUGUUUGUGUUGUAGAGAAGUCCGACCACAGGCUCUAAUUUCAUCCGUAAUACAAUAAAUUAUUUAUAUAAUAUACUAACCUUGAUUAAGUACCAAUAUAAUAUUAUUGCUUCGCUAAAUUCUAAACUCUGGAGAUAAAUGCAUAUUAAACGCUCAGUUUGGUGUCAAAAUCUUAACGGCCGAUUGCAUAUUCUAUUAGACUAUUAGACACCAUGAUCGUAAAAUAAAACUAUCGACGCUUAUCCCUUGAAAAUUUCCCAUGAUGGUCUUCGUGUACAAACGAUGAUCGUUUAUUAUCGUAAACGUCUUUCGCAGUGUUUUCGCUUCUAUACAGCGUGUACUUAAAUUUAAGUAGACGCUUUAUAGUGAGGAUUUUUUACCACACUUCAAGGUGGCAUUGUCAUACUACACAAUCAGUGGUAACUAUAUGAGUAUUAUUUUGAAC